AUGUCUGAGGAACCCCAAACACAAGAAUAUUCAUAUAUAGGCAGCCAAUAUUAUGAUGAUCACGAGGCAAUUUCACCCAAUUAUAUUGAGAACAGGAUUGAUAAGUUAAAAUUUUCUAUAUCUUUAAAAAAUGACCAAUUAAAUGAUGAACAUUACCUAGACGAUUCUGAAUGUUUGUCACCUAAUGAAUACACUGUAAAACCUAAACCCUGCGAUUAUAUUAUGGAAGGAUGCAAACACGAUGAUUCUGAUGGUAUUCUAUCAGAUAGAAUUACUAAUACUAAAUCUAUACUCAAUGGAAUCGUUGAAUCAAACAAAAGAUGUUUAAAUCUAUGCACGAAAAUUGUGGAACCUGAACUUACACAAAUAGAUGAUUACACCAUAGAUAUGAAAGCCAGAAAGCUAUACCUAUAUGCAUUGUCAGAUCCACCACACGAUAUGCCGUUUUACUUUUCUCUGCAAGCAGAAUUACUUCUAUCACAACGACAAUUUUAUAAAGCUCUAGUAGCUGCCACUUUAGUAAAUUCUCUAAUAUCACGGUUCUAUCACAUACAAUGUAUGCAGUUAAGAUCCAGAAUGAUUGCGGUGAGAACUAUUUGUUUAUACCAGCUUAAUGAUACUGAACGGUUUAAAGCAAUGGAGAGGGAAUUAAUGGACGUUGAAAAAUCACAUUUGUCGGAGCAAUUGUAUAAGAAACUAGAGGGUACUAUGGAUGCGGCGCGUAUUUUGUCAAUUCUACUGGAUUAUACGGCAAAUUUUGGCAUUAUCACAGAUGGAGACGAAUCUGAUGAUAUUUUUGACUAA